AAAGUGUUUGCGUCACUGAAAUAAUAAACAUAUGAUUAGCAAAAAAUUAAUGUAUCGAAAUUGUUUACAUUGUAAUUGAUUUUUUUAGUUGAAAAAUUAUUUCUUUUAUUUGUUAAUCUAGUGUUAAAUACCAACUUCUUCUCAGUUCAUGCUAACUUUACCAUGGACGUUAGUGCUCUGCCUCAAGUUAAUGAGGGAUUUUGCUUCACCGGUGAAGAGUUCCUUCAAGAUAACUUUACGGUAGAUGAUUUCAUUAAAAAUCACCGGAACGACAUUUCGCUGGAACAAUUGAGACAGGAUCUCAGUAGCUAUCUGAGAACAUGUCGACUUGCCUUGAUCGAUACUAUCAAUGAAGAUUACAGUGAUUUUAUAAAUUUGAUGGAUGAUUUGGUUGGUCUUGAUACAAAUAUAAAUAACCUGAUAGAGCCUUUGGAAAGUAUUCGAAAUGAUAUAAAACUGGUUGAAGAUGAUUUCGCUGCUUCUCUUAAUGAAAUUUCUGGAAGGAUGCAACAAUUACAGCUUACCCACCAAAAAAGAAAACAAAUUGAAUUGAUACUGAAUGUCCAUAGGAAUCUUCAAAAAGUGGAAAGUUUAUGUACUGCUAUUGAAAACUCUGACACUGAAACAGCUGAUCUGAAACCAGAUAUUACAUUAAUUGAAAGAAUAGCAAUUCAAAUGGAAGAAAUAGUUGUAAAUCUAGAGUAUAAUAAUUCUGGUCCAUUAAAAAUAUUCACAUCAGCUGAGUUGGAAUCGAAAUCAAGGAAUUUAACUGAACGAGUACGUCGUAUAAUGGAAAAGUCAUUCGUCCAAAUUAUUUCCAGAUCUGAUGGAUCCAAAAUUCAACGGUUUUAUACAAUAUUUUUGCUCAACGGACAAUUGAAUGUUCUCGAGAAAAUGUUGAUUGGUAGAAUACGACCGUAUCUUAUUUCUGUAAUUUCUGAAUCAAGAUUGGAAGCUUUAGGAACUGAAAAAUUUUUCGAGGAUGUCAAAAAUCUUAUAUUAAGCCAAUUUAAUGUUUUUUUCCAUUUGGAAGAUGAUUGCUCUAUCUGGUUCAUUAGUCGUAUUUGGAAUGAGCUAGUUUCAUCAUUGACUCUUUUGAGUCCAUCUUUAUUUGCAUCUGGUAACCCGGAUCAGUUUCAUUCCAAUUAUACUGCCACUAUUAAAUUUUUAGAUUCACUUAAAGUGGAAAUACAAAAGGACGGAAAAUUGCCGAUAAACUUGCAACUGCAUCUUUUAAUCCUAAAAUUCAACACACAAGUUUAUUUUCGCAUAAGAUUUCAAGAAAUUGCUUCUCGAUUUGAAUAUGCUCUUAAACAGCCUUACACUUAUCAACCCCAAGAGGAGAAGAAAUUUACUAUUUCUCCAUUAAUCGUAUUACUCGAGUCAAUCAAUGAUUGCUGGUCAACCGAAAGAAUCUAUUUGCCACCUUUAUUCAUUAAUUUUUGGAAACUGACUCUUCAAUUAAUUGCCCGGUGCACUGUUUGGUUAAGCACAAUCCAACUUUCUGAUCUUUUCAUUGAAAAUGUUACCUCAAUCACGGAGUCAUCUCGUUUAAAGUGCUCUUUAUUGUCCUUAAUCUUUUCUCAGACAGAAAAGACAUUGAAUCAGAUCAGAGAUAUUUACAAGGAAACUAUAUUACCUUUGAAACCUGAUAAUUUUGAUGAAAAAUUGUUGCAAGAAUCAUUAGAGGACGGGCUAUUGAUGAUAGCAGAAACUGGUCUACCAAAUAUAGUUAAAUUAACAAAAGAAUGUCUAGUGAAUAAAAAUUUAACCUAAUUUAUUGUUUAAUAUUAUUAA